AGAUUAAGAGCGCGAGUACGAGCGCGUGCCCGCGAUAUUUAGACAAACGCAGCUGCUCACCUGUAUCAGAUGUCAUUUGAUGGAAGAGGAGUUCAGUCGUGAAUCAUUCUCUCUUGCAGUGGGUUAUUAUUGAUCAAUGGCAGAGCAGAGACGCAGCUGUCAGUCAGUGAUGGGUGUUCGUGAGAGGACCACCGUCAAAGCCACACACUCACGGAACAACAGCUCCGGCUCCUCACGACAGAACUCGAGGGAUUGGGAGGUGAUCUUAGAUACAGAAUCUGCUCCUGUCGGCGUGGGGAAUAAUGGCGUUCCUGGCAUUUGUGAGGGAUUCCUCCUGAAGAAACGCAAGUCUCCUCUUCAGGGCUGGCAUAAGAGAUAUUUCGUGUUGGAUAAAGGAGUGCUGAAAUAUUCAAGAACUCAGCAGGAUAUGGCUCGAGGCAAGAUUCACGGCUCUGUGGACGUCAGUCACGCUGUCAUGUCUGUCAAUAAGAAAACCAAACGCAUCGAUCUGGACGCAGGUGACAGUUUAUAUCACGUGAAGGCUAAAAGUGACGAUAUCUUCUACAUCUGGCUGACCAAACUGACGGCUCAUCGCGUGUUUAAGAAGAACGAAGCGGUGAAUGUUCAUCAGGGUGUUCUGAAAGCUCUCUCCAGCACUAACAGCAGCACUUUCCCGGCCAUGGCCAGUCUCGCUCACAGAAGCAGAGUCAUGCAUCCUCACUAUGAGAGCACAGCGUCACUGUUCCAGUCAGAGUGUCAAGGGUCACCUUCAGCAGCUUCAUCCGGCAUAAACACCAAGGUUUCUGAUUGGCUCCAGCAGACGCAGGACGCUGACAUGUGUCAACAAGAACUGGCCAGAUGUCAGCUGGAUUUAGCGGAGCUGACACGUUUAAUCCAGAAGCUUCACUGGGAUGCGGGAGGUCUUCCCAUCACAAACACUGAGCUAGAGCAUCGCAUCAGUAUGCAGAAUCUCAGUCUGGAGAAACCUAAAAGGAAAUCUGGGAAGAUCUGGGGCCAUUCACGCACACUUUCACGAGUGGAGUCUCUUGGAGUUCAGUUUUCCUCGAGUCAUCUGAGCACGUCGUCUGGUUUCACCACAUCACUUCAGUCCAUCCCGCAUUACGUUUAUUCACAGCUGUCCACACCCGAGGUGUCACCGGAGGGCAAGAAACUUCAGCUGGACAUCUGUGCCAUGUGUGAAAGAGUGCACGUGUCUCUGAAGUCCAUUCAUGAAUCUCUGGCUGUGGAGCGUGAGAGGGUCAGACAGGCCUGGACCGGACCGGAUCUGAGACAGUCCACCUCACAUCAGCUGGCCACAUUGUGUACGACUCUAACUGAGCUGGAUCUGCAGUCACGUCUGACUCGAGUUCACUCUGUGUCGCUGUCAUCAGACUCUUCAGAUGAAUCUUACUGUACUGUACGGCAGGAUCAGGCGACACCGUCUCAGGAGCGAAAGCUUCAGCGGACGCUGUCAGUCGCAGAUUCUGUGGCCGAGUAUCAUGACGCCAGUGAAGAGGUUUGUGAGAGUUUGUCUGAAAAUGAAGCAUCUGAUGAAUCUGGUCUGAGUGACGUCACCACCAGCAACUCUGAGCCGGAGGAUGGUCACGCCGCUGCGAGUAUGAAGUACAGAGCAAGUGUGUCGAGUGCUCCAAACGUGCUGUCGAGCGCUCCGAGAGACUCUGGGAGACGUACGGUCCUGCCGGCACAUGGCACUGAUAACAGUCAUAUAGGAAUCCUCACAAUCCUCUAUAACAACAUCGGCAAAGAUCUGUCACGAGUGUCCAUGCCUGUGGCUCUAAACGAACCGCUCAGUUUACUGCAGAGAGUCUCUGAAGAGCUGGAAUACUCACACCUACUGGAGACUGCCAACCACACCGAUGACCCCUACCAGAGGAUGGUUUAUGUGGCAGCGUUCUCUAUAUCUGGUUAUGCGUGGGCCAGCUGGAGGAAUCGCUAUAAACCCUUUAACCCGGUUCUAGGAGAAACAUACGAGAACAUCCGUGAGGAUCGAGGUUUCCGUUACAUCGCAGAGCAGGUCAGUCAUCACCCGCCUCUGUCGGCUUGUCACGCUGAAUCUGAAAACUUCACCUUCUGGCAGGAUCAGAGAUGGAAGUAUAAAUUCUGGGGGAAAUCUGUGGAGAUCGUUUCAUCAGGAAUGGUCAACGUCACGCUACCAAAGUACGGCGAUCAUUACGAGUGGAAUAAAGCGGUGACGUGCAUUCAAAAUGUCUUCAGUCAGCAGAGAUGGCUUGAACACUACGGUGAUGUCAUCAUUCGUAACGUGAAUAGUGACGAGUGCACGUGUAAGAUCACCUUCAUCAAAUCGCGUUACUGGGGUGAAGGGAGCAUUAAGAAUGAAGUUCAGGGAACGGUUCUGGACCGCGCCGGUAAAGUCGUUCAUCGCUUCGGUGGAUCCUGGCACGAGGGAAUUUUCUGUGACACGCUUCCCAACCCACAAUGCAUCUGGAAGCCCAACUCUCAGCCGGAGGAUUACUUCAACUACUUUGGCUUCUCUCAGUACGCCAGAGAACUGAAUGAACUGACAGAUGAUAUCAAAGACAAACUUCCUCCCACAGACACACGCUACCGUCCUGACCAAAGGCUUCUUGAAGAAGGUAAAGUGACGGAGGCUGACAAACGUAAGGAUGAAAUCGAGGAGAAACAGCGAGAAAGAAGGAAAGAGUUGGCCAAGAGAGGGCAAGAACAUGUUCCACGCUUCUUUAAACGGACACUCGAUCAUGCUGGGAGAGAGGUGUGGGUCACCAAUGAAACUUACUGGAAGAUUCGAGAAAACCCAGCGUUUGCCAGCACAGAGAAUCUGGAUCUGUGGUGCUGAUGGAGUUUGAGACGUACAGUAUUCUUACCCAUUAGUGUAUGUAGAUGUAUUUUAUGUGUAUUUUAGUGUAAGCCAAAGACCUUCACUGGUGUGGAUGUUGUUUUUGUUUUUAAAUCCAAACAGUGAUUGAGAGGUUUUACUGAUGGAAUAUUUAAUUGUAUUAAUAAGCGCAUCACCCGACAUGUAAAGAAUAGAAUUAAAUGUUUUUUCAUUAGUUUUUAUGAUGGUACAUUUUUAUUGAAAUCUGAGGUCAGCUGUCAGUGUUGAGGAUCUUAUGGUUUUAUGAUCUCCAGACAGUAAUAGAUGUAUUCUGGGUACAGUGAAUAAUAGAAAGGUUUUAAAGGUGUUGUUUGUGUAAAUAUUGUACUCCUUUUUACUGUGAGCUGAGCCUUUUAACGGCUGGAUUGAAAACAUUGUUCUUUCUGUAUAAAAUACAUUUUACUGUAACAUGUGAGUAAUGCUUCAGAUGAGUAGCUGAAAUAAUGAAAAUCUUUUGAUGUUUCGGCUCAACCUGCUGACAAAAGAGUUUUACGUUUUCAUGAAAGUGUAAUCGGGUUUUGUGCAAUUUUUUGUGUAAAUGCAUUUCUGAUUUAGAUGAGAAUAAAUAUUAAAUUUGAAGAAAGGUGCA